AAUCCUCGGGUCAACAAUAAUAAAAAAGAAGAGAAAUAUAAAAAAUCUUGUGUAAUUUUUUUUGCACACUCCACAGCCUAAGCCCAACCAAAAUCACAAAAACAAUAAAAAUAUAAUAAUGGGUGGCUGUGCGAGUAGACCCAAGGAAUCAGACAUGAACAACGAAGAAGGCUCUGUUCCUAACAAGCCUGUGUCUGAAACCGUAGUAGCCAAGGAGAACAACACAGAAAGCGGUGAGAAACAGAACCAGACAGUGGCUGAAACCACUGAAACAACUUCUGUCGAAGCUAAGGAGACAUCUCCGGUCGAGCCAACCAAGGAAACAACUCCUGCUGUUCAACCAGAGGUUGCAGCCGUCGAAGAGUCUUCUUCUGCUGAUGCUGGUGAGGCUGCAGAAGCCGCACCUGAGAAAGAGGAGAAGGCUGCAACAGAAAACGUUGAAGCAAAGGUGGAGGCGGUUGCCGUAGCUGCACCUGAAAAGGUUGAGGUUGCGGUGGAAGCGGAGAAAAAGGCUGAAACUGAACCAAUAAAGGCUGAGGCUGAACCAGUAAAGACCGAGGCUGAACCAGUAAAGGAGGAGAGUAAAAAAGAAGAGAAAGAAGUUGUUGUCACCGUUUGAUGAUUAAUUAAAUUUGUGAAAGUAUUUUGAAUGUUGUUGUAUGUCACCUUGAUUUGAUUUGAUUUGCUACUAUCAGAUUGGUUUGGCUUUGUUUGUUCUUUGUAUCUCAAAAUGAUUCUUCUUUGAUUCAAUUAAAUAUAAAUCAGUUUUGCUU